AUGGCUCGUGACGGUCCUCAUACCCCUCCCGACAACCUGUACCGCUCCGGGGUCCCCACUCCGACUUCGAGCAGAGUGGCAGCGGAUGCAGCGGACAGGGACCGCCGGGCCCUGAGUCCCAGCCCUUCACCGGGGUCCAACCAGGAGGUGUUUCAGCAGACACCUUCUCCGCCCACCACCCCGUCUUCUCCUUCCCGGCAGACGGCCCCGCGAGAACCCGAGAGCAGCACAACGACGACCCACGACGGCGACGACGACAACGACGACGACGACACCCCCGAACCCGAAGGCAAUGGGGAAGUUUCGGAGAGGAGGGCAGUCGAGAGGGAUGAGAACCUUGAAGAAAAGGUUAGGGCGUACCGCCUGAACCAGAGGCAAAUUGAGAGGGAAGCUUUGUUUUGCCACUAUAAGCAAUGCAUCUGCCGCCUCUACCGCCGCUAA